CACUCCCAUGCUGGCCGAAAGCGCUUACACACACGCGCCGGGCUUAGAGCGUCCAGCUUUCCUCCCCCACGCACCUCUCAGAAUACUGCCUUCCCCAGCCUGAAAUCAAAGGGGGACGCCGCCUUCUGAGAAAUUUGCACGUUUUGGGAUGGUGAUAAGAGUUCAGUGAGAUCUCUCAGCUCUACAUCCAGACAUCGCUUUGUUUUCCAUCCAGGGAAGACCAUUUCCCUUGUGGCCCUGUCAAGAAAAGAGACUCCAAUGGACUUACACCGGGCAGCUUUCAAGAUGGAAAACUCCUCCUACCUUCCCAAUCCUUUGGCAUCCCCAGCCCUGAUGGUCCUGGCUUCCACUGCUGAAGCCAGCCGUGAUGCUUCCAUCCCUUGCCAACAGCCCAGGCCCUUUGGGGUCCCUGUGUCAGUGGACAAGGAUGUACACAUCCCGUUCACCAAUGGCUCCUAUACUUUUGCCUCUAUGUAUCACCGACAAGGUGGGGUACCUGGAGCAUUCACCAACCGUGAUUUUCCACCUUCGUUGCUGCAUCUCCAUCCUCAGUUUGCACCCCCUAAUCUGGACUGUACCCCAAUCAGCAUGCUGAACCACAGUGGUGUUGGGGCCUUCCGUCCCUUUGCCUCCACUGAGGACCGGGAGAGUUAUCAGUCAGCUUUUACACCUGCCAAGCGCCUGAAGAACUGUCAUGAUACCGACUCUCCCCAUCUUCGCUUCUCAGAUGCUGAUGGCAAGGAGUAUGAAUUUGGAGCCCAGCUCCCAUCUGGCUCUCCUGGCUCCCUCAAAAUUGAUGAUACUGGAAAAAAGAUCUUUGCUGUCUCUGGCCUCAUUUCAGACCGAGAGACUUCCUCCAGUCCUGAGGACCGAAAUGAUAGAUGCAAGAAGAAGGCAACACUCUUUGACAGCCAGGCUCCUAUCUGCCCUAUUUGUCAGGUUUUGCUUCGCCCAGGUGAGCUGCAGGAACAUAUGGAGCAGGAACUGGAGAAGUUAACACAGCUGAAUAUCAGUAAGAAUGCUCUACUGAAGGAUGUCAUGGCCCCAGGCACUCCCAAGUCGAUUUUGUUGUCAGCCUCUAUCAAGCGGGAAGGAGAUUCUCCAACAGCAUCACCCCAUUCCUCAGAUGAUAUUCAUCACUCUGACAGAUACCAGGUGAGAAUGAUACCAGGAGGAAUCAGCUGAUGACUAAAAGCCAGGAGCUACUAAAUGGCACUAACAGAUCUUUCAGGGAAUGAUGUUAGGCUUUGUAUGUCGUAUGUAAA